AUGACAGAUGAUGUAAGUUUUAUUUGUGUCUGAUUUUCUAAUUUCUCUUCCACACUAGUAUACUCCGCCCGAAAAGUAAAGUUUGUAAGAUUCUCAGGGUUCCCGGGAUAAUAAUUCAUAGGAAAAACCUCUAGGUUCUCUUGAAAACCCCAGGGGUUCCCUUUACACUUUUCCCGGGGAAGUACUGUAGGGUUUGCUCGUACUGUUUGUUGUUUGCAGAAUUUUUUCAGCGUGUUUGCGGAUUUUUUCAAGUCGUAUUUUUUUCUCUCAAGGAAGGGAUGUUAUUUUGGCACCAAAAAUCAUGAAAUAUAUGACCUAGAAAACCAAGACCACUUUUCUCUUCCACAUGUUGUUUUUUCAGUCACAAAUAAUCGAAAAAUUGGACACAUUGGCUGGCGAUUAUGAAAUCGAGAGUAUUGAAAACGUGUUGAAACAUGUCGAAAAUUUGAAUUUGGAAGAAUUGGCGCCAAAUUUGAAAGUGGCUGUUUUGCGUCGAAAAGCUGAAUGGCUCUAUGCUUUGAGUAAUCAUGAAGAAGAUAAGAAAAAACGAUAUGAAUUGUUGGAAAAUGGUGGGUUUUGGAUUUCUAGGCCAAGUUUUCACCCAAUUUUCAGCAUACAAUUCUGCAUUAUCUGCUCAUUCAAUCGACGAAUCUGAUUUUGAUGCUAUCAAAGUUUUAUGCUCAACAUCCGGUAGAUUGGCUGAAGAAUCGGGAAUUCAGAAGAAAAUUCAUUUUGGUUUUCUUUUCAAAGGAUAUUUGGAUAAGGCGAUCGCGUUAAAUGAUAAUGAUUUUGAGACGCUUCAUAUGAGAGGAAGAUUUUCGUAUACGGUAAGACUAGAGUGUAGUUUGUUAUAUCAUCUUGAAUCUUCUUCUUUCAGGUUUCAAGUUUGUCAAUGGUCGAACGAAUUGCUGCCAAAGUUAUUGGCAAAAUUCCCGAAACCAGUUAUCAAGAAGCACUUCAAGAUCUACUGAAAGCUGAUAAAAUCACACCAGACGUGGCUGAAAAUCAACUUUUUGUUGGCAAAACAUAUUUGGCUUUGGGCGAUUUGCCAAACGCGAAAAUUUGGUUGAAAAUGGCGGCUGAAAAUGAAAGUGAGGGAUGUGUUGAAGAAGAACUAGUUGAGGAGGCUAAAGAGAUUCUCAAGGAUAAGAAAUUCGCUAAAAUUUAA